AUGUCGUCAGGGCUCUCUCGGAGAGAUACCAAGUCCUCAGUCGCGGGACAAUCAGCCCAGGACGUCGUUCCUCCGCUCCCUCCUCCGGCCGUUAGUGGUGGAGGAUCAUUGGGACCGCAAAGCGCAGCUGCGAUCUAUCAACACAUUCAUGACAUGGCUUCGAAACGGAUAUCGACCUUGGAUUACCUUAGAAAAGCUCAUGAGGGCCGCGUAUACUGGUUCAACACGGUCCAUUUCUCAAAGGCAGAUCUCUCGCGCAUGUCAUACUUCGACCAGCGGAAGCUCACACGUCGCUCAAUCAAUUAUCUUCUCCUGGGAUUAUCUCUGCCGCCGAUUCUUGAUAUCAACUCUACCCCCUUUGAAUAUCUCCGUUCCCUGAACGCCUUGCUGCUAGAAUUCGAGACCUUUCAGCAGGUACAUCCUCCCGAUGGAGGCUCGUCAUCGACGCUCGCGAGGGCCCGUAUUCCUCAGAUGUUCAAGAGAGCAGCGGCGCAUUCCAGCAUCAAGACGAGAAGAUCCAGCUCUGCCAAUGAGAUUGGACUUCCUAUGCAAUCAGGUGAUAAUUCUGAUGCCAAGUCUAUAACGGGAAACUCUUCGGGCGCGGCGUCGUCGGUGAUGUCGUUUCCAACUACGGAGUUUUCCGACCUCCUGCCUGGAGAAGAAUACUCGUAUCUCCUUACGCCGUCUUUGCCCUUUGAUCCUGACUUCUUCGAGACCUUUGCAACUCUAUGCGAUGUGCUGAUAGACUGCUACACGCGGCUCGUUUCCUUGGUGUCCAGUCCUGCGGUCUGCACCGCUGCUCUGGGGGAAAUAUUCACGAAAGCGGACGCCAGGUUGCGCAAGGUCAUCGUGGCCGGGGUAGUGCGUGAGUUUGAAGAUGCGAGCAGGAGCGGUGCGAAGAAUGAGAUCUCUGGAGUGGGUCGGGUGGUGCUGGGCGGUCUCCUGGGAUGA